CAACAGCAACAGCAACAACAGCAGCAACAGCAACAACAUUAACAGCAAUGCAAACAUUUGCCCAGCUAGCUCGAGCAACAGCAGCAGCAGCACCAACAUGGUGCACAGUAAGAAGCCGAAGGCAUCUCGUGCCGAUCCCAUUUUGGCAUCGCUCAGCAAGAACGCGCUGCGCAUGAGCGAUGUGCAGCUGCUGCACGGACCGCACUGGCUGAACGAUGCAAUAUUGAAUUUCUAUUUCGCCUAUUUGGAGGAAAUCAAAUACAAAUCGAAUAUGGACUUUCUCUUUGUCACCCCGGAGAUGUCGCAGUGCAUGCUCUAUAUGGACGACAAGGAGCUGCACGGACUGCUGGUCUCGCAGCAUCAGGUGCUGCGCAAGCCGUUCAUCUUCAUAGCGGUCAAUGACAGUCAUUCGCGUGAUCGGGGCGGCGCCCACUGGUCGCUGGUUGUGGCCUCCAGGCCGGACAAGAGCUUCUUUCAUUUCGAUUCGUAUGGCGGCGGCAAUACGAACUGCUCCCUGGAGCUGGUCAACAAUAUCAAAGACGUGCUGGACAUGCAGCAUGCACGCUUCCGUGGCAUGCGCUGCCUGCAACAGAGCAACGACUACGACUGCGGCAUCCACGUCAUUUGCAUGGCCGAUCAGCUCACUGACUAUGUGAAUCGCUAUGACAGCGUCGAUGGAGUCCAGCCCUUGCAUCAGGAUGUCAUCAAGGCCAAGCGCAAUCAACUGAUCAAGCUGGUCGCCUCGCUGGGCCAGCAUAUUUAAGCAACAACAACAACAACGACAACAACAACGACAACAACGACGACUACAACAACACAGCCUGCAACAAGAACUUUAAACCGAAACGCAUUUUUCCAACUUUUACGUUUCGAUAACACUCAGACUGCAUUACACACUGCAUUUUACAACACUGGACUCAUGUGCUUUUUAGCUCUCUCUCGCUCUGGCUCGCUCGCUCGCUCACUCUCUCUCUCUAACUCUUUGGCUCGCUCUCUUUGACUGUUUUGGAAAAUGCGUUUUGUUUACUUCUUGACACACACUGACACGCCCACACGCCCACACACACACUGAACAACUAACUGUUUUUAGUUUUGCUGUAUAAUACAAGAAAUACAAUACAUGAUCUCAAGCAGACAACAUUAAA